AUGGCCAACCCAAUUAUUGACAAAUCGUCCUCCAUUCUCAUAGUGGGGGCUGGAACUUUUGGACUCUCCACGGCGUUAGAGUUGGCAAGGGAUGGCUACACUAACAUCCACUGCUUCGACAACUACGAAUGUCCUUCCCCGAUUGCAGCAGGAAAUGACAGCAACAAGAUUUUUGACUACGAUGUCCAUGCACCUGAUGAGCAGAUCAGCCCGGGAUUGCGAAUCCGGUUGGAGGCCAGGGACCAAUGGAAGGCAGAUCCCAUCUACAGCCCAUUCUACCACCCGGUAGGGUUCAUUUUCGCCGCAUGUUCAGAGAAAAUUCUCAAGAAGGAAACUGAAAAGAUCCGUAAAUUGAUCGAUAAGGGAAUUGUGGACUAUGAAUAUUUAGACUCGCCUGAGAAAUUCUCCAAGCACAUACCGGUGUUGAAAGGUGAGCUCCCCGGCUGGAAAGGAUACAAACUUAACAAAGAUGACGGGUGGCUGCAUGCGAGGAACUCGCUGAAGUCGGCAUACGAGGAAUGUAAGAGACUUGGUGUAAAAUUCACGUUUGGUGAAGAUGGAAAUAUUUUGGACGUGCUUGCAGAUGACGCAAAUAUUGCAUCUAUCGUGACUAGGUCUGGCAAAACUUUUGCAGGAGAUAGAAUCGUCAUCACCGCAGGUGCAAACGCCGUUAAAGUGUUAAGCUUCGAGAAACAACUGCAGGCCAAAUGUUUCACACUCGCUCAUUUCAAGGUCACCGAGGAGGAAGCAGAAAUCUUUAAGGGAUCGCCAGUUAUGUUUAACUUGCAAAAGGGGUUCUUUUUCGAGGCCGACGAAAAUCUUGAGAUAAAAGUAUGUAACGAGUUCCCUGGUUAUACAAAUCUGGACAGCCACGAUGAGUCUAUUCCGUGGUUUACUGAUGAAAUCCCCGUGGAAGCUGAGGAAGGAAUCAGAGAGUAUCUGCGCGAGACAUUGCCACAAUUUGCCGAUAGACCAUUCGUCAAGACUAGAAGUUGCUGGUGCACCGACUCUCCGAAUAGAGAGCUGAUCAUAUGUGAGCAUCCUAAGUUCAAAAAUGUUGUUUUGGGCUCAGGAGACUCUGGGAAGUCAUUCAUGCUGAUGCCUGUGAUCGGUAAGUACAUCAGCAAAGUGGCUAUCUACGGCCAGGACGGUUUGAGCGAAGAAGAUCGUGAAUUCUGGAAGUGGAGACCAGAAACCGCGUCAGACAGAGACGACGAACAAAGCAGAUAUGGCGGCUCAGGAAAAGUCUCCGAUGUUAAAGACAUCAAAAAGUGGGUGUCGGCAAGCAAGCCUACUCCCCAUGAGGUCAAGGUUGAGUAA